GGAUAGUCACCAGAUGGCGCUUUUGGAGAAAAAUCGAUAUGGAAGAGAAUUGACUGCAAAUUCUUCUUGUAUGUUGUGGGUUGAAUUUUUGCCAACAUGGGGAAACAAUUUGGAAAUCUUGCCAAAAUCAAUGGCAUUGUCUAUUUUCGGCUUAGUCCAUAUGAACAAAAAGCCUUCAAAGGGCUAAUCUCUGAAGGCGUACCAAACUUGGCAAGGCGAUUCUACGAUCGUGUAUUCCGUGUUGCACCUUUUUUCAUGUUUUCCUACUUGCUUGUAAAUUGGGCAAAGGAGAAGAAUAAUAUUCUUUCUCGCAAAAAUCCCAAAGAUUAUGAAAAUGAUACGUAAAAUACAAGUGAGUAGAUUUUUGUAAUAUAAAUAAUACGUACAUCCAAGUAGUACAUUGUAAAAUACUGAUGAAACGUCAAUGCUGAAAUAAAAAAUUAUGUGAACUAAUGUA